CCGUCCGUCCGUCGUCUACACCCAGGCAACAGUCGUGUCGCGGUGCGUGUGCGUAUGCGAGCCCCAGUGAGUGGCGCGCGCGUGUGUCUGUCGUGUCCGUUUUGUUGUCCGUUUAUGUUUGUGAGUGUGAUAAUAAUUAUUAUUGUUGAAUGCAUGUAUGCUUGUGCUCUAGUAUAUGCAAAAAAUUUAUUGCGGUAUAAAAAAAAUAAAAUUUAUUUAUUUUUGUCGUCCCCUCGAUAUCCGCUCGACCAAAGUGCAGCACGAGGCACACACCCGGACCACACAUCUUAAUGUACGUUAGAAGUGACGCAAUGGGAACGUGACGCUGGCUGCAACGUCGGCUAGUAUGAGCGAGGGUGGCGGGGAGGCUAUGGCCUCAUAUGGUACGGCGGGUUACCCGCCACCACAGCCUGCCACCCCGUCAUCAACCGUACCCGAAUCGAAGACACCAGGUCCUGCGCCAGGUCUACCACCGUUCAGCUCAUUCUCGGCAGUCGAGCUGGCUGAAGGGUUGGGCGCCCGGCUCGGUCCUGGCGAUGGUUAUGACCCGACCACCGGUCGGAUAAUGGACAUGCACUGGGACUACAACCCGGACGGGCUACACAGGCCGGACCUGUACCCGACCACGAUGAUCAUACCACAACCGCAGUCAUACCGGCCUUGGGAGAGCAAGCUGGACGGUAGCAAUUCACAGGACUCCAUGUCCAAGGGGUCAUUCGACUAUCCGACAUCGCCGGCCGGCAGCAAGUUGCCGUCGUUCCAGUCGCAGUUCAACUUCCAAAACGAUCAACAGCAACCGGAAACGGUGUCGUUGACCACGCUGACGCCAGCAGCCGUGUCGCCGACACAGUCACCUGGUUUGCCCAGCUUUCAUACGUUGUCCACGGUAAACGUGGCAGCGGCUACGGGACCCCGAGGCUAUCCCACCCUGGUGCCGGGCAUCCAGCAGCAGUUCUUGGACGACCGAGCUGGCACCAUACACUUGUUUCAGAGCCCUCAAUACCCGCCGCCCCCACCCCCGCCUCAAGCCUUCGCCCAGCAAAACCACCACCACCACCACCCCCAUCAGAAUACCAUCAUCCAGGGCAACUUCAUGGGCGCCCCUCACCACCAAAACCAGGCAACACUGCUGACUGUAGUGAAAACUGAGCCGGUAGCCAUCGUGUCCGCCCAGAUACCCAGCCAUGUAUACCAAAACGCGGGCGGUACGUACAUAGACUCGAUCAAGAUGGAGGACACGCUGUCACCGCGUGGGCUGCAAGAGUCUCGGAAAAAAGAACGACGAAAAGUGCGGGCGUCCAGCAUGGACAGCUCGGUGGAGAGUGACGGCGUGGGAAGUUCCAGCGUGGAGAGCUCGGGACAGGUGGCUGCCGUGAGUAGCACCGCCGGGUUCAAAUCACCUCUAGUCCAGCACAACGUGAUCGGCAUGACGGGUGGCGGCAAUAUCAGCAACGUGGGCGGGUCUAUGAUGGAAUCGGAUCAUUGCGAGAAUGGCGCCAACGGCAUGGACAAACAGACGAAAAAGAAGCGAAAACGGUGUGGCGAGUGCAUAGGGUGUCAACGAAAGGACAACUGUGGCGAUUGCGCGCCGUGCAGAAACGAUAAGAGCCAUCAGAUAUGCAAGAUGAGGAGAUGCGAGAAGCUCACUGACAAAAAGCACCUCCUAUACCUGACCAACGAAUCCUAUCCUCGAGGGGAAAAUAGAAGAGGGCGUGGAAAAGGAAGCCGAGCGGCUUACAGGAACAAGGGCAACCGAUCGAUAUCAGGCAAUUCAGGCUCUCAACAACAGUCGCCCGGGCCGUCAACUCCGCUGAACGGAGCUCCCGGGUCGCCAGUGGUCAUGACCGAAUCCCAUCACAACUCGCUAUCUGGCACAGUGUUGACAACGUCAGGCAACGGGGCUGGGUUCUACGGUAACCAGGCUGUCAGCAUUAUGGAAUCCGAUCCCAAUGGCAUAGGAUUUAGAGAUAACAGGUUCGGAACUCCAGCCACCGUGUGGCACUCAACCGACGGGAACGCAUUGGGUUGGACGGCAGUCACUCAAUCACCACAACCUCAGUAUGUUGGCCAACAAAUUCAAUUAGAAGACAUACGAUACCAUUCUCCCGCCAAUACUCUGCAUUAUUCUACUCACGCUCCACCAAACGUUUACAACCAACCGGGCUAUCAAACGGUUAGCGCGGCUCAAACGCCGACAACCGGAUUCAUUCAAGUCAGCAACGGUUUCGCUCAACAACCCACCCAAGUCACCACCAGCUCAUUAAUUAAUGGUGUGCCAAAUGUUGCACCCACUAUAAACGGAAACGUCGAAUACUUGGAGACUUCGGGUAGAACAGAUUUUGUCAAUGGAACACCGAAUUACAAUCACAUUUCCCAGACUGUACAAGAACAAUCACCAUCCUCUCAGACCUUGGAUUCGUCAAACGACGCAUCUAUCAAAGUAGUUAACAACAGUUUUAGUCAACCCGGUGCGGGAAACGCGAUACCUGGGUACCCACCUCAACAACCUCCCCAAUCGCAACAGAGUUUACACAACUCUAAUGGGUACCCAGGUAAAAAUGAUGGAAAUUCCGUAGGGGAGGAGAGAAGUCGAGUUUCAGACUCUCCAGCAACUGGCGUAUGGGGCCAGUCAAAUAAUCAAUAUGAUACAUCAACACCAGUAUCUGAAAAAAGCAACUUAAAUAGUCGAAUAAAAUCUAUGAUUCUCAACAAACAACAAUAUCAACAACAACAAUAUUUACAAGAUAGACCGCAAGAUCAACAACAAUCUCAACAUCAACAAUAUCUCAACGAUCAGUACCAAAAAGAACAUAAUUCCAAUGAUCAAAAUAACCACCAACAUAUGCAUCAACCACAACAACAGCAGCAGCAGCAACAGGUGCAAAUUCAGCAACAAGUUCAACAUCAACAGCAAGCUCAGCAGCAACAAGCGCACCAACAAGCGCAACAACAUGCGCAACAACAAGCUAAACAACAAGCCCAACAACAAGCACAACAAAGUGCGGCACAGCAUCAGCAGUAUCUUAACGAUCAAUAUCAAACUGAACAGAGGCACAGCCCACAAGAGCAAAACAACCAUCAACAAAUGCAUCAUCAGCAACAAAUACAACAACAACAACAAAUACAACAACAGCAACAGCAACAGCAGCAGCAGCAGCAGCAACAGCAGCAGCAACAACAGCAGCAGCAGCAGCAGCAACAACAGCAGCAGCAGCAACAACAGCAGCAGCAGCAGCAACAACAGCAACAGCAGCAGCAGCAACAACAGCAGCAGCAACAACAACAGCAUCACCAAAGUAUACAGCAAACGCAUAACCAACUGCAGAUACAUCAACAACAUUUGCAUCGGCAGCAAAUAAUGCAACAGCAUCAAGCGCUUCAGCGCCAACAAAGAAACGACGAUAGUGGUGACGCCAAGAGCCCACUGAAUCAGUCUGAUCAUCAACAAUAUCUGGCGGACUCCAAACAAAACUUGAUUAGCAAUAAUUUUUUAGUCCAAGGCCACCAUCCUCGGAGCUUAGCUACUGAGGGUGGUGGCUUCUUCUCGGAUGUCGAACGGCAUCCGAAAUACCAUCACUACCACCACCAUAAUGAACAAAAAGAAUCAAAAGAAAAACAACAAUCAUCACCCUCACAACCAGAACAACAAAAACAACAACAACAGCAGCAGCAGAAACCGGUUUAUGAUUAUAAGAAAAGCCUAGAAAUCCAAAAAUACACUAGUGUUAAAGAAGAGUUUAUUGAAGUACCGUAUGAAGUGAGAUUGCACCGAUUUCCGUUUGGGGUCGAUCCUAGGGUAAACCAAAAUAAUGGCUAUGUUUUCAACGGCAAUGGUGGCCCUAAUCCUAUUGACGUUGUGGCAGGCCCAUGGUGCUGUAGAAUGGGUGGUACAGAUACGCCAACAACAAAACAUUUGUCUGACGGGUGUUGCCAUGGGUUAAAGACGUCGGAUGAAGGUAUCGAUCCGGUGGAAAUGAAACAAGAGAGCAGUCUAAAUAAUAGUCAAUGCUCUGAUAAUCUAGAUGAUAAACAAAAAACUAAUACCAAAGCUACGGUUCCCGAUUGCAAUUGUUUCCCUGCCGACCAAGCGCCUCCAGAACCCGGACCGUUUUACACUCACUUGGGUUCAGCAAACAAUUUAAUUGAAUUAAGAACAAAUAUGGAAAAUAUGUCGGGUGUACGAGGCAAUGGGUUACGGAUGGAAAAGGUAUUAUACACUGGCAAAGAAGGCAAAACCACUCAAGGCUGUCCUUUAGCCAAAUGGGUAAUACGGCGUUCGUCGACUGACGAGAAACUUUUAAUAGUUGUUAAAAAUCGACGAGGGCACAAAUGUCAACAUUCUUGGAUUGUCAUUUGUAUUGUGUCGUGGGAAGGCAUAUUGUCCGACGAGGCCGAUUUUCUAUACACAAUGCUGUCGCAUAAGCUUAACCAAUACGGAGUACCGACUACCAGACGAUGUGGUACGAACGAUCCGCGAACAUGUGCCUGUCAGGGACUCGACUCGGAUACGUGCGGUGCUUCAUUUUCGUUUGGUUGUUCUUGGUCGAUGUACUACAACGGUUGUAAAUACGCAAGGAGUAAAGACGUGCGAAAAUUCAGACUUUCCGUACGGACAGAGGAACAAGAGUUAGAAGAACGAUUACACAUGCUAGCGACUAAUUUAUCACCUCUGUACAAGUCAUUGGCUCCACGUUCGUAUAACAAUCAAAUACAAUGUGAACGUGAAGGCUCGGAUUGUCGAUUGGGUUUAAAACCGGGUCGUCCUUUUGCCAGCGUUACAGCUUGUAUAGAUUUUUGCGCUCACGCUCACCGAGACUUUCACAACAUGCACAAUGGCUGUACAGUUGUGGUAACAUUGAACAAACAUCGUGGGUUUCAAAAACCUGAUGACGAACAAUUGCACGUACUGCCUUUAUAUGUAGUGGACGAGUCGGAUGAAUUUGGAGACAAGCAGGCUCAAAGUGAUAAAUUUAAGAAUGGUUCGGUCGAAAUGCUUUCCAAAUUUCCGUGUGAGGUAAGAGUUAGAUCCGUACCACUUACUCCGUGUAGACGUAAGAAACGCCAAGUCGAAGAACCCGAAUCCCCUAGAGGAGCACCUACAACUAUAGUACCACAAAAAUUUGAACAAAAUAGUGACACACAAGUCCAAAGUUCACAGAUAUCUUCAACAGUAUUGGAUAGCCCAACUAUAAACAUGUAUCAAAGAUGGAAUCAUCAAGGUUUACUAGGGCAGAGCCCUUCUAACUUCUAUAACGUCCAGGAAUAUAGUCCAUGGAAUAAUGUCGAUAAUCUCAUGUCACCAAGCAUGGAAAUGAACUCGAAAGCAAACACGACGAAUUAUCAAUCAUUGCCUAGGCAUCACGUCCGUAACCUAUGGCCACCUGUAGGUGGUGGAUUACCUGGUGGCAAGCCGGUUGAACCAGCACUUGCCGGGAAUUCAGCUCCAAUGCUUCAAAAACCACCAGAUUACUUCAGUCAGUCGACCAGCUACGCUCAGAGCAGACCAGUUCCGAGACCGACUGAGAUGGCAAAUGCCAACAACUAUAAUUAUUAUUAUAAAUCUAGUCAAGCCCUGCCCAAUCCGACAAACGUCGUCGCCGCCCCCCCAAUAGAGUACAGUCAUUGUUACAGCCAGCAACCAAAGUAUUUUCCACUGCACCCCGAGGCCGCCUCCAACCGUUGGUGCCCACCACCACCGCAAUCGCAUUUGUAUGCGCCACCACAACCAUCUCAGCCGUUCCAAACGCACGAGUCUCGAAUUACAAACCAGGACCCGACAAUUAUGUUCAAUCAGGGGAUGUCCCAGUACCAGCUUCCAAGAUGGGAUCCAUACGGACCAACACCGUACUUCCCCUCAGUUGUUGUGCCCGAACCUGCAGCGGCACCCAAAGUACAUCCGAUCGGCGAAGUGACCGAUUACAUAGAGAACGAAGAAUGCUUCAAGGACUCACAGAUGGGUGGCGUGGCUAUAGCACUGAGUCACGGUUCCGUGCUGUUUGAGGUGGCCAAACAGGAAUUACACGCAACCACGGCGCUCCGGAAACCUGACAGGCUGCACCCGACCCGGAUCAGCUUAGUGUUUUACCAGCACCGGAAUUUGAACAGACCCAAACACGGCUGGGAGGAAUGGGAGGAGAAAAUGAGGGUGCGAAAGAUGGGCAACGCAACUACCAAUUGCAAUUGCGGCACAGGCACAGCGGCCACGACCACGACCACCACUGCCAACGCGCUAUUGUCAGCCACUGGUGGACGAAAAUCAACCACUGUGACCACCACCACGUGGACGACGCUGUUCCCAAUGUUCCCGUGUAUGGUAACCGGACCGUACCAAGAGAACCAAUGUCAGGAGUAGAAGCUAGUAUACGCAUGCCGCCGGAGUAAAAGGGUUAAGUUUUUUUUACUUCCUUUUUUUUUGUAUUAAUUUUUAUACCCAGUCGAUCGGCCACUCCUCAUGCCAUGUGAUUUCGACCCC